AUGACUCGAGUUCUUGUCACAGGUGGCACCGGUUUUGUCGCUGGACAUGUGAUUGGUGUCCUCCUCAAACAUGGCCACAGCGUCGUGACUACUGUUCGUUCUAAGGAGAAGGCCCAGUCAAUCCGCAAUGAGUUCCAAGGCGUUGGUCAAGAGAAGCUCGACUUUGCUAUCGUCCCUGAUAUUGCAGCCAAGGAUGCUUUCCAAGGCUUGGGCGCAUACGGCCUCGAAGCGGCCAUUCACAUCGCCAGUCCCUUUCACUACAACAUCACGGACGCCAAAAAGGAUUUGAUUGAUCCAGCCGUUCUUGGUACGACUUCAGUGCUUGAUGCACUCCACCGGACUUGUCCCACUGUUCGACGAGUUGCUUUGACCUCAUCCUUCGCUGCAAUCCUAGACCCAAAACUAUCCUUUACUGGUGCGAAAAAGACGUACACCGAGGCCGAUUGGAGUCCCCUUACUAUGGAAGAUGCCUAUGCCAACCCCGGGCUUGCUUACGCCGCAUCUAAAGCAUUUGCUGAAAAGGCCGCUUGGAAUUUCGUCACCAAGAACAAACCCAACUUCUCUCUUACCACCAUCUGCCCUCCAAUGGUCUAUGGCCCUGUCAAGUAUCCUGUCAAGUCCCUUGACUCCGUCAACACAUCUAACCAGCUACUGGCUGAUAUCAUCAAUGGGAAUCACAAAAACGGCUUUCCUCCGACUCAGCUUCCCCUCUUUGUCGAUGUGCGCGAUGUGGCAUUAGCCCAUGUCAAGGCUAUAGAGACGGAAGAGGCAGCAGAUAAACGCAUUUUUGUCACUGCCGGGUACUAUAGCAACCAGGAGUUGUAUGGAGUACUGUACGAGAACUUCCCAGAGUUGAGGGAUAGGCUACCCGAUGAUGCCAACAAAGGAGGUGACCCCAACCCAGCUUUGGAUUCGUUUGGCUAUGAUACUACUCGGGCAGACACUAUUCUUGGAAUCGAAUGGAUUCCAUAUAAAAAGACAAUUAUUGAUUCAGUCAAGUCUCUUCUUUAG